GUCAAUAAUACCGACUAAGUACCACGGCGGUGCGUUGGCUUAUAUUACAGGGAAGUGGGAGUUGGAUCAGAUUUCAGUGCGAUUUGCUCUGUAAUUUUGUGGGUUGAGUGGUUAUUUCUGCUCUGGUGAAUUAUAAUAUACAUGUUUAUGUACAUGUAUAGAGAGAUUUCAUCCAUUUGUGUGCUAUGCCUUCCACGUAGUAUCUACCCCCGUAUCUACCAUAUAUCGGCACAAGUAGGUCAGACAUCACUUAAAAACGUGUAGAUGGGACUAGAAGCUGCAGGGUGAUGCAGAGAUCGUCUGUACUCUAAACAUAUCUCACUGCGUGUUAUUCGACGGUCACGAUGGGGUCACAAUCUAGUCUUCCUGAGGUCGACCUGUCUGAUAAAACGAUCGUUGUAACAGGAGCCAAUACAGGAAUCGGAUAUGAAACAGCAAAGUCGCUUGCACAGGUGGGUGCUAAGGUCAUUCUAGCAUGCCGAUCUGAACCUAAGGCACAGGAGGCUAUCGAACGAAUGAAAAAAGAACAUACUGAGGAGAAAGCAGAUCCUAACAAGCAGAAAAUAAAAAUAAAGGUCGAUGAUCUCAGCGUAGAGUUCAUGGCUCUUGACCUUGGGUCACUGCAAAGCACAAUGGCAUUCAUAGAAGCCUACAAGAAUACAGGGCGCCCUCUCCAUGUUCUUAUUUGCAACGCAGGUAUUAUGUGGGGACCAGAAGAGCUGACGUCAGACGGGUACGAGCCUCAUUUUCAGAUCAACUACCUGUCUCACUUUCUUCUCAUCUUACACCUGUUACCCAUCUUGAAGAGCUCUGGCCCAUGUGCUCGAGUCGUCUUGGUGUCGUCUCUGAUGUAUCGCUUUGCUAGCUGGAACGCCAGCGAUCUCCAGUGUCUGAAGAAUAGUGACAGGGGCAAACGAUACGCUAACUCCAAGUUAUACCAGGUGAUGCACAUGUUCUCAUUGGCUCAACGGUUGGAAGGCUCAGGGGUCGAUGUAUUUUCGCUGCAUCCCGGUGUCGUCAAAACAGAACUCACAACCCGUGAGGGACAGAGUGUUCCGGGGCUAACGAAAUUUUUCGUUCGCAACGGAGGAAAAAUGAUACGGACGCCGUUCGAAGGUGCUCUGACGUCACUCCACGCAGCCGCGGACCCGGCGUAUGACAACAAGACCGCGCUUUAUUUCGAGAGCUCAAAACCACACAGUGUCAACUCGACAGCAAGAAACAAAGACAAACAAGAGAUUCUCUGGAAGUAUUCCCUAGAAUGCCUCAGCGACCAUAUCACAGACGAAGCAAUGAAAGUAUUCACAUCAACGUGAUGCGCUUUCAUUCUAUUUUGUCUAAUAAAGAAAUAAAUUUCGAAAGACAGUUUAAUACCCA